UAAUGUUGAAAUUAUGUAUGGCAUUUACUAAUCUGACAAUAAGGAAAAAUCACUAUACGAUGUAUUUUAAUAACUUUUUAAAUUUAGAUUCAUAUGAAAUCUCAUGCAAAACCAAAAUUUGCGUGUUCGCAGUGCGACAAGCAAUUUUCUCAAUUGCGUAAUUUUAAAUAUCAUAUGUCAAUUCAUCUUGGAACCAAGGAAUUUGCAGCUUCCUGUCCAGAGUGCGGAAAAACGUUUAAUGAUAAAGGAUAUCUAUCAAGUCACUUAAAAAUUCACAGAAAUAAAAAGGAGCAUGCUUGCCCAUACUGUCCGAAAUCUUUUAAUCAACGAGUUGCUUUUAACAUGCAUGUUCGAAUACAUUUGGGUCUAAAGCCUCAUUGCUGUCAGGAGUGUGGGAAAACAUUUAGUAGGAAAAUGUUGUUGAAGCAACAUUAUCGCACUCAUUCAGGUGAAAAGCCUUACGUCUGUAGUUUCGAAGGAUGUGAGAAGAGAUUUGCGGAUCGAUCCAACAUGAUUCUUCAUUUUCGACUACAUAGUGGCAUUAAACCGUUUUCUUGCAAUUUGUGUCCAAAGCGUUUUUCAAAGAAGCAUCAUUUAGGUACGCAUUUGAAUUAUCAUUUGAAUCUAAAGCCAUACUCGUGCUUGAAUGAGGGAUGUACUCAAAAGUUUACGCAGUCAAGCAAUAUGAGAACGCAUAUGAAAAAGUGCCCUCAUCGGAAAGUCGAGGAGAAGUGACAAUGACGAUGCAUGCCAGGUGAUAUUUCGUUUAUUCAAAGACCACCCCCAACAUUUCUAGAUACCCCUCUGAUGCAUAUGCAUCUAGUUUUCUUUCGCACCAUGAACAUUAGUUUUUAUUUGUGUUAUAUUUUGAAACAGGAAUAAUCCAAAAAUACGUAAUUAUUAUAAUUAAAUUAGAUUUUAGGAAACAUAACAGUAUACGUACGUAAAGUUCUCGUAAAUGGCGAGGCUUUAUGAAUAAUUGUUAAAAUAUUAAGGUGAUAGGGAUUUUUGUAUACGAGACAUUAAUGUUACAUAUUUUACAAAGUUUUAUACUGCACAAAAAAAGAAGUAUACGAUGAAAUGAAUCAAAAAUGAAACUUUAGUUAUUUAAAUUUUAAUGUUGAAAAUAAAAUGUUAUUGAAAUUUUUUUUAAGCCAUUGCAUCCUGUCAAUUUUUAUUUCAGGACUUUUAAAUUUGAAUGUCUCAAUUGGUUACUCAAUAAGUAUGUCUAGUUUAUUUACUAUCAGUGCUCAUUGGGUGCUUAUCAAUCUCUCAGAUCCAAUAUCAGGGCAGUCAGAGCUAGUUCAAUAGUAACGUAUUUUU